AUGGAAAUGUCUAUCAUGCUGUCUCAUCCUAAAGAGAAAAGAAAGAUGAUGACUAAGAGUAUUGAAGAGUUACUAGAGGCAUCCAAUCAGUAUGUGGAUGCAGCUAUGAAUGGAUCAACAAUCUCAGACUCCAUCAAAAUGAGGGUUCUGGUUAAGGCUGGAAUUGUAUCAACAGAGGGGAAGUCAGUCACUCUGUCUAAGGAGGCACAGGCGAUUGUAGCCAAGCUCUCUGGAAUUAGACUGAAGUAUAGAUUAACCUAUUCAAUGGCGGUGGAACAGACAAUUAAUGAGACGUCUUUUCAGUAA